CUUCUCACUCGCCUCCUCAGCCCUCACCACUGCCUGCCUCACCUGCUGCCCCCUCUCCACUGUCCACCUGCUUUCCUCCUCAGCUCCCCACCCCCUGGCUUGCCUCCUCACCCCCUGCCACUGCCCACCUACCUCUUUAGCCCUCCUCCCUCACCCACCGCUUGCCUACUCACCCCCCACAGUGAGCCCACCUACUUAUCCCCCCAUGGGCCACAUAGUGAGCCCAUGCAGGCCACAUGUUGUGCAGGCCUGCAUUACAGCAACUGAAGGGAUUCUUUAUCCCUGUAGUUAAUCUUCCUCAGAGGGGGGUGGCUAGAUUGACAGAAGGAUUCUGCCAUUGACCUGCCUGCGUCUACACCAAGGGUUAGGUCAGCUUACUUAUGUCACAUAGGGGACAAGAUUUUUUGUAGUUAAGCCAACUUGACUUAACAAUUUAGACCAGCCUGUAGUGUUUAAAAAGGAUAAGAGGAAGGAAUUGGAAGUAGUAAGGCUGGGGAAACUAGGGGUCCUACAUUGACAUGUGCUGACACUUUGGGGAAGUCAGAGAAGAGGCUGUAUGACAGGGUGCAAUAGGUGAGGUGAUGUCAGAUGGGAGGAGUCAGGUUUCAGGGGAUACAAGAAGAGAAAUAUUCCUGCUCCAUCUACAAAACUUACCAAUUCCAGAAGGUCCAGAAGCAGCCAGGGAAGGAAGAAAGGAAGCAGAACAGAGGAAUAAGCACAAUCAGAUUGGUUAGAACAGAGCCAGUGGGACAACAGUGGUAACACAAAACCAUUCAACAGAGGGAUGACAGCGAGCAUUAGGGCAGAGAUUGCCAGAGGUGAGGAGUCGUCAGAAGAGGCUGCAGAAGUUAUACAUAGAUUUAAGAGGGUGAGGGGAAGAAGAACUGCAAAGGAGAGGUGGGUUCAAGGAAUGGGAGAUGCUGCUUUUGGAAGGAGGGGUAGGGAAGGAAGGAGGAAGAAAAUUUGAUGAAACAGGUGAGAAGUAUGGUGAGCACUUUGGGAGAGUGAGUGGAAGUGGUGCAAGGAAGGCUAAUCAGCAGUUGUGGCAGAAUGCCGCCACAAUACACACACGUAGAAUAGAUUCUUAUUUGUAAGAAGAGUUGCAUGUUGCUCUCAACAUUCAUAUGUACAUCUGCCAAAUUCUGAGAUGUCUGUGUGUAAAUUAUGCACAGUAUUUGUUACCUAAGUUCUUAAGCAUUUAAAUUUGAUGAUUCAAGCAAAUAUUGCAAAUUUUGUGCAAUAUAAAGCAUAAAGAGUAUGGUUUGUAUUUAAAUUGUACCCUCAGGGAUUCUCAGGUCAUCUUUGAUACACCACCACAAUUCUGAUUAACUCAUUGUCAAAAGAUUCUCUUGCCUCCACAUGAAGAUCAAAAUAAAAUCUUGUGUGUGUUUAAAGUUUGAUUCUGAUACCAGAUAUUAGUUUCAAACUAGUAAAACUCAUUUGAAGUUAGUGGCAUUACACCAAUGUAUGCCAGAUCAGAAUCUAGUCAGGGUUCUUUUCCAAAACUAUCACACAUUUAUAAUCCAUUAUAAGUAGGAAUAUUAACAACUGAUGCCUUUUAGUUUGGUGGUGGCUGAACAUAAAAUAUUACAAUACUGCCAUAAUCUGAUCUUUAUUUUGGGAAAUAUACAAGAAAAGAAAUCUUUGUGCAAUUUUUAGGAUGUAUUUUCUAGAAAGUUUGUACUAGUGGAAUGAAACAGCAAGGCAUUUAGUCCACUGAACAGGAUAAACUGUUCUCAAUUACACAGCAAACUGAAAGUAAUUUCAUUGAAAUAAGUGAAUUUAUUUCAGUUACACCAGUGUAAGCUUGAGAACAGAAGAGUGUUAUGAAGGUCUGAACAUGACAAAAGCUUAAGAGGAAGUCACCCUAUUUAAUGUUAAUUUGAAUGCUGUUGGCCUGAUUUUCAAUUGUGAUCAGCAUAGCCUGGGAAAGGGGAAGAAUGGUGGCUGUGGCCCCUGGAUUCUGAGACCAGCUAGAGAGGGACCAGUUCCAGUCCUCAGCAAUGGUGCACCAAUUUAUGCAUGGCUAUUCCAGCAACUGGAGAGUACUGGUGUUCUGGCAGCAUCCCUACACUGGUAGCAGAAGCAUGCUGUAGAGGCACACUAUGCCACCUAUCCACCACCAACCAAGUUCCUUUUAUGAAAGAGGAAUUACCAGGUCAGAAUAAUUUACAGGAUCUAGAAGAAAUGCAUUCUUCCUGUCUGGAAGAGGAUACCAAACCUCUCCUGAUCCCUGUUGGAGGUGAUGAAAGUGAUUAUGGAAUCAUGAGCAUUCAGUUUAAUCCAGCAGACCUAAAAUGCAAGAGGCCCUUCCACGUAGAGCCUUCAAAUAUUGUUAGUGUGAAUGACACACACAGAGUUACAGAUGAAGCCUCAGCAAUGAAUAAGCGGAUUCAUUACUAUAGCAAGCUCACUUCUCCUUCAGAUAGGGCACUGAUUGCUCCUGAUCAUGUACUUCCAGCUCCAGAAGAAAUUUAUGUGUAUAGUCCAUUAGGAACUGCUUUCAAAAUCGAUGGUUGCACUGAUGGUUAUGGCAAAAACUCCAGCGUAGUGACAAUAUUUAUGAUCUGGAAUACGAUGAUGGGCACAUCUAUACUAAGUAUGCCAUGGGGAAUAAAACAGGCAGGAUUUACCACUGGACUCUGUUUGAUCUUGCUAAUGGGCAGCUUGACACUUUAUUGCUGUUACAGAGUUGUGAAAUCACGGACAAUGAUACCUUUAAUAGAUACCUCAAACUGGGAAUUCCCAGAUGUUUGCAAGUACUAUUUUGGAUCUUUUGGUCAAUGGUCCAGUCUUUUAUUUUCAAUGGUGUCUCUUGUUGGAGCCAUGGUUAUUUACUGGGUACUUAUGUCCAACUUCUUGUUCAACACAGGAAAAUUUAUAUACAAUUAUGUUCAUGACAUUAACAUAACAGAUCUUGUUCCUGGUACUAAUGGGAGUAAUAGAGUCAUCUGUCCAGGUACUGCCAAUGAGGAUCAACGGGUCAACAAAAGUGGGCUGUUGCCAUUUGUCCACAACACCACAGGUUUUGAGCUGUUUGAGCAGUGGUGGAGCAAAUCACGAACUGUACCAUUUUAUCUGAUUGUUGUUGUUCUGCCCCUUCUAAAUCUUAAGUCUCCCUCUUUCUUUGCCAAGUUUAACAUCCUAGGUACUGUUUCAGUUGUCUACUUAGUUUUUCUUGUUACUCUGAAGGCUGCACAUCUGGGAUUCCAUUUAGAAUUCAACUGGUUUACAGCUAAUGAAUUUUUUGUACCAGAGUUUAGAACUCAGUUUCCUCAGCUCACGGGGGUCCUGACGCUUGCUUUCUUCAUUCAUAACUGUGUUAUCACGCUCCUUAAGAAUAACAAGAACCAGGAAAACAAUGUGAGAGACCUUUCCAUUGCUUAUUUUCUGGUGGGAUUAACAUAUCUCUAUGUUGGACUGUUAAUUUUUGCUGCAUUUCCCUCUCCACCAUUGUCCAAAGAGUGCAUCGAACAGAAUUUUUUAGACAAUUUUCCCAGCGAUGACAUCAUGUCAUUUGUUGCAAGAUUGUUCCUGCUGUUCCAGAUGAUAACUGUGUACCCGCUGCUUGGCUAUUUGGCACGAGUUCAGCUAUUAGGACAUGUCUUUGGCAAUGUUUACCCAAGUAUUUUCCAUGUGUUGGUUCUAAACAUAGCAAUUGUAGGACUUGGAGUGACAAUGGCCAUAUUCUAUCCAAAUAUAGGAGGUAUCAUAAGAUAUUCUGGAGCAACAUGUGGUCUGGCCUUUGUAUUUGUGUAUCCAUCCCUCAUCUACAUGAUCUCCUUGCAUCAGUCAGGGCAGCUGACGUGGUCAAUGCUCAUCGUUCAUAUCUUUAUAAUCAUCCUAGGACUGGCUAAUCUGACCGCACAGUUUUUGCUGUGAAAACACUUAUGCUGGCUUUCACAAGUAGUAUUUUGAGGUUUGACAACAGACUUUAGCAACUCUAUCCUAAAAGCUGAGAACCUCCUGUCUGUCAAUUUCUUCCUGAGAAAAUCUGCUCCUUUGAAAGCAAAGGAUAACUGUGUCUUAGUAACAGUUUUCAGGGGUUUGUAAGUAAUCACAUCUUUGGAAAGGCUACAUCACAAUAGAUAAAGUGGGCCAAAUUUGUAAAUGGCCCAACUCCACUGACUUUGAAAGUACAUCGGGGAUGAUUUUGGCCAAAAUGUUUUUAUUUUGUAGAGAAAUAUUUCCACGUGGAUAAAACAUGCCGCCCUUCUUCACUUUUAGUAGUUACUUUUUAGCUUUAUGCUACCAAAUUCUUUUCUUCCUGCCCUUAUUAGCAAACAAACCCUCGCAAUAUUCUACAGUGACAGUUGCACUAAUUUUCCUAUGCUGUUUGGGACUGUUACUGGCAAAAGGGUUGUAUUUGUAAAGCUAAUUUAUAGCCAAUCAGAUGACAGCAUACUGUUAAUAUAAUUUUGUGUAACCUUUUAAAAUACAUAUGCAAGAAACCUCAGCUAUGGAAACAGCAUAAGAAAUCAAUACCACUUCUACCUGCAACCGGGAUGCUGCCGGCACACUGUCUGGCCUUCGAGAAUAGGUCAAGUAAUGAGGGGUGUCCGAAGUUACAGAGCAAGUUGAUGGUCCAACUGGCAGUUGGACCAGGAUCCACCUCGUUCCAAGUCCUAUAACUGUUACGAUUAGAAUAGAGAUGUGUUGUGUAUUUUCAUGGGCAAGUGUACUUCAUAUAUGUACGUUGGACACAAGUGUGCAGAGCAUUCCUGUAUGUCCCGUGUAGUUCUUGUGCCCCUGCAGGAUUUCAGACUGAAAAUUCCUUGCUGUAGGAAAACUGUGCUUUUCAAACAUCCAUUCUAUACGUGUUGUGACAGUAUAGUCACAGGGCUGUACAAUACAGGCAAACGGACAAAAAUAACAAAUUAAGAUUGUGUGAAAACUUAAAAAUCAUGUUUCAGUGUAGCUGCUUAAUAUUCGGUAUUAAAUGCACUAUAAUCUAAUACACAAAAUACACGUGCUGUAUAUUUUAUGCAAUAUGGCGCAGUUUCAGAAUCACAAGUGCAAAAUUGCAAAUGCAUCAUCUGUAUAUGCAAUCACCAUGCACAACUGUGCCCGCAGAUGAUCAGCUAGGUGGCUAACUGGUCACAUGUACUUAGAAUUACUCUGACUGAAGGUACAGUUGCACAUGUGCAACUCUGAAAAUCUGAGUCUAUCAAUGUGCAGUGAGUCAUAACAAGGCACUACCUUAUAGGGAUGCCCUUAGGCUUUUAUGAAAGUAUGCACAUAAUUGGAAAUGCACAUAUAUAAACCACAAAGACUGAGGAGAUCAAGUCCACCAAGGGUCCAUUUCUGCUCCCAUUGAAGCCCAUGGCAAAACUCCCAUUGUCUUCACUGGGAGGAAGUUCUGAAUGGGUAAUCCUCCGUUUUGGUGGGAGAAGAGUGUCUCUGUAAAGCAAUUGCCCCAUAGCCAGUAUCUGUUAAAUGCCACAUAAUGCAGGUGUAAUGCUGGUUUCUGAGUGAUGGAACAGUAACUUCUCUGAGAGAGCAUCUAAUGGAAUCACAGUCUCACACCCGCAGCACACAGAAGUGUGAAUGCACAUAUUCAGAGAGGGAAUUGUUGGUGUGAUGUUUCUAUAUCAGACAAUCCUAGCGCUUCAUCAGCCAGGUGAUGGAAUUAAACAAAUGUCAGAUUUCAUUGCCUCUUGCCAAAAUGAAAAAUGAAUUUAGAGGUGCUUUUGGUUAGAAGUAUCAGAGGGUGGAAGAUUGGAGAGGAAAUUGGAGUCUGAGUUGGUGGAAGAGAACUUGGAUACCGUAAAGUCUGUGGGUCAGGUUUGGGCCCAUUGUGGAAACAGCCCAAAACAGACAAUCAGUGCUAUGCAAGUAGUAGUAUUGUGCACUCUUGUUGUGAGGACAGAGUAUGCGCCAGCCCCCCACAUCUCCCUGCACAGAUAAUUCUUGUCAGAUGAGCACAUGCAUAUGCACACAUCUGACCCAGAACACUUUUGUUGCAGGGUGGCUGGGGAAUGUUUUUUCUUUGCAGGUUUUGGGGGAAGCAUAAUGCUCACUCUCUGCCCAGAGCUUUCCUGUCAUAUGCCUAUGCACAGCUAGUAGCCAAAUUUUGAGGCUGUAAUAAAAAAUUGACAGGGGUAAAUUGAGUGGAAUGGUGUUCUGAGAAACUGAAUUCUAGAAUAAUUAAAGGGAGAAAACUUGAAUGUUUCAAUAGUUAUGAUGUGGGUGAUUGAGAGAAACUGAGAACUGGGAAAAGAGAACUUAAUUGGGGGUAAGAAUUUUUGUUCUUUUAUCUGAAAGUAGAAUGGAAGGCAUAGUCUAGAAUAAUUUUAUUGUAUUUCUCUAAUAAAUAACCUGAGAUUUUAGAGGUGAUCAAGGUCAUAUUAAUGUCAUGGCUGGAGGUCCUCAAGCUGUAGAGGGCCCAGGCCUUCCAUAGUAUUGCUUAAUAUGCAAGAAAUAUAAGAGAGUAGGUCAGGAGUAGUCACUGUGGAAUGAAAGAACUGCUUCAAAGCAACUACUUUACUUUUCUUUUUACCUUGCACAACUCUUCGUGCCUUUCAAGCAGGACUGCUGUGUACAUGUACCAUAUGUCCUAUACCAGAGAGAAAUGCUUGCCCAUGCUUGUCAUUCUCCUGUGUGCCCUUAUCUUUGGUAUUUCUUAGUUCUCUGCAGCAUAUUUUACGCACCCUUUUCUCAUUGGCUCACAAUGAUCUUGAUCCUGCAGUAUUUUAUGCAGUCAGCAAGGGUGUUUGCCUACAGGAUUGUUUGCAUGUUUACUGCAAUAUUGAGCCCAAUCCAUCAUCUUAGAGCAUUUGCACUACAGCAUUACAGUGGUGCAGCAGCAUUGGUGCAGCUGCACCGAUGUAAGCUCAGUGGUGUAUCCAGGGCCGGCUCCAGGCACCAGUGCAGGAAGCAGGUGCUUGGUGCGGCCAAAGGAGAGGAGCAGCACGUCCUCUUCGGCGGCAAUUGGGCGGCGAGUCCCUCGCUUCCCCUCAGAGGGAGGGACCCGCUGCCAAAGAAUGAAACAGCAGCAGUAGAGCUGCUGCCGAAGUCCCGCAGAUUGCGAUCGCUGUCU